AUGGCCACCAAGAGCGUCGCAGCAGCCAGCCAUGGCGACCUCAACCGCACCAGCCUAUUCAACCUAAAGGGCCGGGUCGCCCUCGUCACUGGCGGUGGCAGCGGCAUUGGUCUCAUGAUCACCCAGACCCUGGCAGUCAACGGUGCAAAGGUCUACAUCACAGGUCGCACUGCAGAGAAGCUUGACAACGUCGUGGAGACAUACGGCAAGGACAUCGAGGGCGAGAUCAUCCCACUCAAGGGAUUCGACGUCACCAGCAAGGAGCACAUCACCAAGCUGGUCAAGGAGGUCGAGUCCCGCGAGAAGUGCCUGUGCAUCCUGGUCAACAACGCCGGCAUCAGCAGCAACACCGUCACCACCGAGACCGAGACCGCCACGGAGAUGAAGAAGAACCUGUUCGACGCGGAGGGGGUCGACUUCCAGGACUGGACCAGCGCGUACAGCACCAACGUCGCGUCCGUCUACUUCACAUCUGCCGCCUUCCUUCCCCUCCUGCAGAACUCCUCAGACCUCCACGAGGGCUGGUCAGGCACCAUCCUGAACAUCACUUCCAUCUCAGGCAUGAUCCAGAAGGCCCAGCACCACUUCUCCUACAACGCCUCCAAGGGCGCAGCCAUCCACCUCACACGCAUGCUCGCCUCCGAGGUCGCCGCCAACGGCCACAAGGUCCGCAUCAACAGCCUCGCACCGGGCGUCUUCCCGUCCGAGAUGACUGCCGGCGAGUCCGACGAGUACCAGAAGAGCCACAUCCCCAAGAGCAAGUACGACGGCAAGUUCGCGGCCAACCGUCCCGGUCGUGACGUCGACAUGGCGCAGGCAGUGCUGUUUGCGGUCACGAACCAGUACCUCAAUGGCCAGAAUUUUGCCGUUGAUGGUGGUUACACUCUCGCCGCUGGACUUUGA